AUGGUGCAUCCAGCAAUGGAAAAGCAGGACACAAACUACAGAGAGUGUGUUCCCCUUAAGAAAAGAGUUGCCAUUGCACUAUGGAAGCUUGCAACCAACAGCGACUACAGAAGUAUAGGCCAUCUUUUUGGUGUCAGCAGAACAACAGUGUGUCGGUGCGUCCAGGAAUUCUGCAAGGCCGCUAGCAUGUUGUUAGUUCCAGAACAGAUAUGUUUCCCUGACCAGCAGAAGUUCAAAGAGAUGGCAGCCUACUUUGAGAACCGGUGGGGGCUUUCACAGUGUGUUGGUGCCAUUGAUGGGUCACACAUACCCAUAAUAGCCCCAAAGGAGUACCACUGCGAUUACUUUAAUAGAAAAGGCUGGCAUUCCAUCAUCCUGCAAGGAGUAGUUGACGGAAAAGGACUAUUUUGGAGUGCAUAUGCAGGAAUGGCUGGAAGUUUGCAUGAUGCUCGGGUUCUGAGACUAUCUACAUUGUGGGAGUUGGUCGAGCGUGGAAGCCUCUACCCAGCUUGCACCAGGAAUAUCAGUGGGGUGAAUGCUGGCUUUUAUGUGCUAGGAGACUCUGCCUACCCUUUGCAGAAUUGGCUCCUAAAACCAUUCCCUGACAAUGGCCGGCUGACAGCAGAACAACUGACCUACAACAAAAAAGUGUGCAGGGCUCGGGUGGUGGUAGAAAAUGCUUUUGGGAGACUCAAAGGAAGGUGGCGGUGCCUUAUGAAGAGGAAUGACAGCGACAUCGAACUGGUGAAGUCCAUGGUGUUGACUUGUUGUGCUCUGCACAAUCUUUGUGAAAGGCAUGGAGAGGAUUACCAGCACGAAUGGGAUACACCUGUUGCUGCAGAGCCUGUGGUGCCACUGGCACAGGGUGCAGAGGAGGAGGGCAGGGAUGUACGUGAGGGUCUGAUGCGUUAUUUGAACAGUUAA